CCAUUCAUGUUGAGUUACGUGGCUAGCCGCGUUUUCAGUGAGACAAGAAAAAGCAAGCUUAAAGGAAAGCGGAGAGGAUGAUCAUGGGGAGAAGAGAAAGAGGAGGCCGGUUGAGAGGGCGGCAUGGAAGAAGAGAUGGUGGAGGCAUAGAAGAGGAGUUUGAGGAUCGAGGAUUCGAGGCAGGUCUUCUCCCUCAUCUUCUCCCACUGCCAUUUGGGGUGAUGAUUGUCAUUGCAAAUCUUAUUGGGCUCCACGGUGCGAGACGCCCCUGUCGCGCACCACCGGCCACGAGUGGCGAGUGGAGGACCGAAGGUCCAAGAACGAGGAAUCGGAUUAAAGACUAAAGGGCAAGACAGGGCAGGGAAAAAAUCGUGAGUGGAAGCAGCUAGGAUGACGAGAUGACCCGAGACUGAAAUUAAUUGGAUAGAGAAGUUCCUGGACAAGAAAGAGGAGUGACGGAGGAGAAGCAGAAAAAACCAAUGGAAGAAAAUUUGUGAGCUUAUGUUUUGUUCUUUUUUCUCCUCUUUAUUCUUCUUUUAUUAGUUUCUCAUCUCUUCUACUUUGGUUUUUGGUGAGCUUAUGUUUUGGUCAUUUUUUCCACUUCAUUCUUCUUUUAUUAAUUUCUUUGGGUUUCUAUUUUCCCUUUAUGUUUCUUGCUUUUUUUAUGAUUUUUUUUAUAAUGUAUGAUUUCUUUGCUAGGGAAGGCACAACGGCAAACAAAAUGCAGUUUUCAUA